CUUGAAGAUGGCGGCCGGGUGGCUGUGAGAUGAGGAGCUCGGGGCUGCACUGACAGAGCCGCUCACAUGCAGUAAGUUCUCUGUCAACAGUUGGAGCAGUGGGAGGAGAUGGCCGCAGUGGAGGGAGGUGUCUGCAGUUGGAGCAAUAGGAGGAGCCGGCCACAGUUGAAACAGAGAGCAUUGAAUGAAGAGGUGGAAAUGGAUCUGCCAAACCAUGCCAAACAACUGCUGCUUCAGCUGAACCAGCAAAGAGCCAAAGGUUUCUUAUGUGACGUCAUCAUUGUAGUGGAAAAUGCUUUGUUCCGAGCUCACAAGAACAUUCUUGCUGCCAGCAGCAUGUACUUUAAAUCACUUGUCCUUCAUGACAACUUGAUCAAUCUGGAUACAGAUAUGGUAAACCCAGCUGUUUUCCGACAGAUUUUGGACUUUAUUUACACCGGUAAACUCUUGACAUCUGACCAGCCAGGAGAGCAGAAUUUUAGUGCUCUCCUCACUGCAGCAAGCUACCUCCAACUCCAUGACUUGGCAACUCUUUGCAGGAAGAAACUUAAGCGUUCUGGGAAGCCAUUUGUAGGAAAGCUUGGAGUGCCCAGCAUAGGCCGCGUAGGAAGAAAUCACAGGCUUUCUGCCCCCCCACUUGCUCACAUGCGAUUUUCUCAGUCCUUGGACAUUAAUAAGGGUUCCAACUCAAAUGAACUAUCCAAAACAGUCCAAGAAGAUGAGGUGUUUGUUAGCAACCCCAUACAGGAAAAUAGCCACCCUUUAAGCCUAGGAACAGGGAGCAACAGCAGCCUCAAUAAUAGCACUAAUGGGAGUGACCAUGAGAUAGGCCUUGACCUUUCUAAAAAAAGCCCGUCCUUACCUGCACAAGAUGAGAAUGUACAACCAGACAGUCAUGUAGGCUCACCACAAUCUGCCUCAGCAUCCAUAGCCAACUGUGCCUCUUACGAAGAAUCCACACCCCAAAAAAGAGACGGCGAACCAAUGGAAUUGGAAGAGAACCACUCAGAUUCUGGGCCAAAGAAUAACCUUUGCCACCCAACACGUAAAAUGGAGUGGGACAGGAAAGAAAGAGAAAAUUCUCCAGAAACGAGAGAGACUAUGCCCAAUGGAGUUAUUGUUGGGCCUAUGUCAAAGGAGAGACAUUCGGGUGGAGGCUAUGCUUCUGAGCAGAGUUUCCAAUGUAAGGAUGAGAUGGAAAAUGGUAAAGACAUCAGUGAGGAAAGUGGGCAUAGUGAGAAUGAAAAUGACCAUCCCAGUGCCAAUUAUGUUUACCGACAAGAUGGAUUUGAGACUGUGCCAUUUGGUGACAACUUGUAUGUGUGCAUCCCCUGUGGAAAGGGGUUUCCGAAUUCGGAGCAACUAAAUGCUCAUGUGGAAAUGCAUACUGAAGAGGAGCUAUAUAUCAAAGAGGAGGAUUCCUACUGUAAAGAGGAAGCAGAGGACCUGUCCACUCCCAACACAACAUUUCCAAAUGAGUCGCGGCCAUUUAAAUGCACAAUGUGUGAGAGGAGCUACAAGGAUCCAGCCACCCUCCGCCAGCAUGAGAAAACGCACUGGCUGACCCGUCCCUUCCCCUGCAACAUCUGUGGCAAGAUGUUCACACAAAGAGGAACCAUGACCCGCCAUAUGAGGAGCCACUUGGGCCUCAAACCUUUUGCUUGUGAAGAGUGUGGAAUGCGCUUUACCAGGCAAUAUCGACUGACUGAGCAUAUGCGUGUCCACUCAGGGGAAAAGCCCUAUGAAUGUCAGCUCUGCGGGGGAAAGUUUACCCAGCAGCGCAAUCUGAUCAGUCACCUGCGUAUGCAUACCUCCCCAUCAUAAACCAAAGACACUUGAUACCCUAAGAAUGUGCUUCUCUUCUGCACACAGACGAACCAAUUUACCUUCCUGAUGACUUGCUGCUUUAAGGGUACCAAUUUUCCAGUUACGUUGUAUCAUCAUAGAAAGGGGGUGUUAUUCCUCAUCUGAGCUUUAAGAUGUAAAAAGUGAUGACAACAUUUCAAGUUAUGGUACAGUGGAAGCAAGUUAUAUGUUGCCUCCACUUCUCUCCCUUGCAUCCUCAGGACCUACACAAA